GGUGUUUUAAACUUCAUGCUAACACACAGAUGUGGUGUUUUCAAGUACUUAGGAAACAAAUUGAAUGAUUAUGAACUUGCUUUUGUAACGAAUAACAAGCAAGUUUUUUUAGUGACUCUGAAGACAUUUCAGUCUAGUAACAUAAGUGACAGUCACAGGGACGAAAAAAAGCUAUUAAGAUAAUUAUGCUCCAGGGAUAAUACUUCAGGUUUUCUAUAGUGAUAAUAUUAGGAUGUAAGUGUCAUUCCUUACCUUAAGGAAUUUUUUAUCUUAUAUUUCUGUGUUACUUUUUCUUCUUUCAGAAAUACCAUGGAAAGAUCAGAGUUAGUUGCUGAAGAGGAAAAUAAGAAGGAAAAAUCAUGCUUUCAAAAGUAUUUAGAACUGAUUAAAAAUUUCACAAUUAAGAACUUUUUGCCAAUAUCUUUAAUCGUGGCCGUAGUUUUUGGUGUGUUAGUUCCACAACCUGGUGUAGCGUUAAAUCAUAAAGCUACUCUGUAUGUAUGUGUUAUCGGCAUUUUCUUAUAUAGUGGUUUAUAUCUGCGUACAGACGCACUAAAAGAAGUUGUUAAAGCUUACAAGGCUGCUUUAUGGGGUAUUUUAAGUAUAUUGGCUUUUACAUCAAUUAUUGGUGGCAAUUUAACAAUGUUGCUAGGCUUUAAUGAAGAAUACGUUGGUAAAUUCAAUCAGUCUACGACAAACUCAUCGUCCAACUCAAGCUUACAAAAUAAUUUGUCAUCAAGUAUUAGCUUAAAUCAGAAUUUUACCGGCACAAAAUACAAACAUGGUUUAGGUCCUGCAGAAUUUAAAGUUGGUUUGCUUGUUUUUUUCUGUAUGCCCUGUACAAUCUCUAGUGGUGUCGUUAUGGUGACACAACUAGGUGGGAACUUUGUGUUGGCGUUGAUAUUGACUGUGGUAGCAAACAUUGCUGGUGUGUUUACUAUACCAUUGUUCUUUAAAUGGUUUUUAACAACAGUUACUGAUGUUAACCUUGAUGUACUUCCAUUACUUUUACAGCUUUGUCUUACUUUGUUGUUGCCACUAAUAUUUGGAAAAUGUUUACGUUUUAUUAAAAUAAUAAAAGAUUUUGUUGUUGUUCCAAGACAUAAACUGGUUUUAAAAUUAAUCAGCGUAACCUUGUUAGCUGUCAUCACCUGGCUGAAGGUGAGCAAGUCCAGCCAAGAUGGGAAGCUUGGUCAGUUAACAAUUACCAGUGCAUUCUUUAUCAUUGCUUGGGCGUUGACUAUGCAUAGUCUAUUUUUAAUUUUAAAUACUGUGGCUAGCUAUAUCUUAAAGCUAACAACGGAGGAAAGGAAAUGCAUUAUUAUCCUAGCAAGUCAGAAAACUUUAGCUGUUGCCAUACCAACAAUUACGUUUCUACCGGAAAGCCUUGGUGACCAAGGCUUGAUGGCUAUUGCAAUGGUUUUAUGCCAUCUGACAAUGAUUUUAUUUGAUGCUGUUUUGAUACCAAUAUGGUUAAGAUGUGAAAAGCAAUCUAAUCCUGAUGACGAAGCCUGAUUUGAAAGAUAAUUUUGACAUUGUGGAUGUAUUUUGAUACCACUGCAUUGAUAAAUUUACUACAUAAUUUUUUUUUUAAA